GCUGUUGUCACGCAGCCCUAGUUUUACAGGGAAAAUGUAUCGCUCUCGUUCACAGGCUUUCAUCGGAAUCGCUUUUAAUUCUUUACUUUUCACGGUGCCAUUGGAAGACUGUCAGUUUAGAAGACGUUAUAGUAAAAACUGGUCGUGUAUUGGGUGAUUUUAGGUUAAACAUUUAGUAUAUUUAUACAAGAACAAUGCCGAAAUCCAAGAAGAGGAACAGCAAGGGUGUCCCAGGGGGACAGCAUAGAGCUGUGCAGCCUUUCAGCGAUGAGGACGCUUCUGUCGAGACGCUCAGCCAUUGCAGUAGCUUCAGUGACGCCACGAGUGUGGCAGAUGAAGGGGGAGAUGCUGAGGUUGCUGCUCAAGAUGAUUUUGAGUUCAAGCUGAAGGUUUACAUUGAUUCCACAGUUGAUAAAAGUGCUAAAACCAGGCAAGGUGCCCUCGAUGGAUUGAAGACUGCCAUGGCAACCAAAAUCCUGCAUGAAUUUAUUUUGGAGAGGAGGAUGACCAUCACAGACAGCAUUGAACGCUGCUUAAAAAAAGGUAAAGGAGAGGAGCAGCGUGCAGCCGCCUCGCUGGCGUGCCUCCUGUGCAUUCAGUUGGGUUCAGGAAUCGAGAGUGAGGAGGUGUUCAAGACCCUCAAACCUAUAUUUAAGACCAUCCUGACAGAUGGAUCAGCGAAUAUCCAGGCCAGACAGGCUUGUGCGACGAGUCUGGGCCUCUGCACACUGGUAGCAGAAGAUGAUAUCUUGGACAUUUAUGCCACCAUGGAGUGCUUUGAGAGCCUUUUCACCCGCUCCUAUGUACGCGAAGAUGGCAGCAGACCCUCCCUGAACCCUCAGACUGUUCAGCUCCACACCAAUGCACUGCUCUCCUGGGCUUUGCUGCUGACAAUCUGCAGUGGCAGCCAUAUCACAGCAAUCAUCCACAAACAUCUGGCCAAGCUGCCACGACUCCUGGAGAGCGAGGAUGUUAACAUGCGCAUUGCGGCCGGAGAAACCAUCGCGCUGCUGUAUGAGCUUGCUAGAGAUGUCGAUGCAGAAUUUGACUGUGACGACUGGGAGCAGUUGUGUGGCAAACUGAGUGCUCUGGCCACAGACUGCAAUAAACACCGUGCCAAGAAUGACAAGAGGAAGCAGAGGUCUGUCUUCAGGGAUGUGCUAAAAGCGGUGCAGGAUGGAGAGUUCGAGACUGAGACGAUCCGGUUCGGUACAGAGCGCAUGGUCAUUGACAGCUGGGUGAGGAAGAGGACCUACGAUGCUUUCCGAGAGUUUGUUGGCUCUGGCAUGAACUACCACCUGCAGGCAAAUGAGUUCAUUAGGGAUGUGUUUGGACUAGGACCAGCUCUGCUGAUUGAUUCUGCUGCUCUGAAAGCUAUGAAGAGUUCUCGAAUGGAGAGGCAUUUCUACAAUGCUGCUGCAUUUAAGGCUCGCACCAAGGCCAGAAACAGGUUUCGUGAUAAGAGGGUGGAUGUGGGUGAAUUUUAGGAUCCUGCUAUAUUCAUUAACCAUGUAAUUCUUAUUUGGGUCCAGUGUAUUGCCUCCAUGUCAUCUGUCCCUAUUUAUAUUACUAGAAAGUGUAAAUUUUUAUUAAAUAUGUAUUUGUGUUCA